AUGGUCAUCUCCUGGAUCCUUAAUGUUCUCUCAAAAGAUAUUGCAGAUAGUGUCAUUUAUUCCAAAACUGCAAAAGAGCUUUGGGACAGCCUUGAGCAGAGAUUUGGGAGAUCAAAUGGAGCUAAGCUCUAUCACCUGCAAAAAGAAUUAUCAGGAUUAGUACAGGGAAAUAGUGAUAUUGCAGGAUAUUUCACUAAGUUCAAGCGUUUGUGGGAUAAAUUGGAUGCUUUGAAUGUCAUUAUAUGCUGCUCUUGUGUUUGUGUUUGUAAAGGAAAGGCAAAGUUAACUAAGUCAUUAGAAGAUCAGAGGUUGAUCCAAUUUCUAAUGGGACUAAAUGACAUCUAUGCACAAGCAAGAGGAAGCAUCCUCAUGAUGAAUCCUUUGCCUAGCAUGGAUGUUGCUUAUUCACUUCUCUUACAGGAUGAAAAUCAAAGGAAGUCUAUGCAAAUGCACAUUAUAACUCUCAAUCAGUAUCAUUCAUGGCAGCAGGAGAGAACAAAAAGACAAGGGAAGAACCAUCAGAAGUUCAGAAACCAGACACAAAGGGGAGCAGGCAUAGGACCCAAAUUUAACAACUCUGGACAGAAGUUUAUUAAGCCUCAGCAGAAGUUCAAAUCAAAGAAGAAAUACAAUCCAAAUGUGUCAUGUACUUAUUGUGGAAAAACAGGACAUACACAGGAGGAUUGCUACAGAAUCAUUGGUUUUCCUGAUGAUUUUGAGUUCACAUAUCACAAAGCAUAUCAGAACCAGAUUAAGGGAAAUGCAGUGGUGGCAAAUGAAGAGCAUGAAAGCCCAGCAGGACAAGGAAAUGAACUUAAUGGGAAUAAUUUUGGUCAGCAACUCAGCAAAGAGCAGGUUGCAGAAAUGAUGCACAUCUAUAAGCAAGCAAAAAUGGCACAGGCAGGAAAUACAGGAAUCAAUGCUAAUUCAGUAGCAGGUACUAUUCUGAAGUACUCAGGGUCAGUUUUCACUAGUUUAAAAUCAGACACUUGGAUCAUAGAUUCAGGUGCCUCAGAGCAUAUGUGUUUUGAUCCUAAUUCUUUCUUGUUUUUGUAUCCACUCCCUGUACCUUUGAACAUCAGUUUACCUAACUCUUUCAAGGUGAUUGUUACUCACAUAGGGAGCAUUUCUAUUCUGCCUGGUCAUAUUCUGAACAAUGUAUUGCAUGCUCCAAAAUUCAAGUAUAAUUUGUUAUCAGUUCAUAGGUUUUGUGUUCAAUUCAAAUAUGAUGUGCUUUUCACAUCUGUUGAGUGUGUGUUGCAGGGCCUUUCAAUGAAGAGUCCUCAAGCUUUUGGUGAAGUUAGAGAAGGGCUUUACUUAUUGGAACCAAGUAGUAUUAAGUCUAAAGGUUUAUUCAUUAGUGAUGUACUUUCAAUUCCAAAAGGAAGAAAUUCCAUUUCAGAGUCUGUUUCUUUUCCUAGUCCAGUCCUAGUCAAUACUGUUUCAGAUGUUAAGCUUUGGCAUGUAAGAUUGGGUCACCUCCCAUUUUCAGCAAUGAAACAUUUAGAUUUCCUUCAUUGUAAAUCUAAUUCUGAUUUUGUUUGUGAUGUGUGUCCUAAGGCUAGGCAAACCAGAAUUCCUUUCCCUAGACAAUUCAACGAGAAGGUGAAAGUGAUAAGAUCUGACAAUGCACUGGAACUGGGAAAGGGGACACAAGAGGCAGCUUUCCUAGCCUCUCAAGGAAUUCUACAUCAAUUGUCUUGUGUAGCAACUCCCCAACAAAAUGGAGUUGUUGAAAGGAAACAUAGACAUCUCUUGGAGACUGCAAGAGGUUUGAUGUUUCAAUCAAAGUUACAUAUGUCAUAUUGGGGAGAGUCUAUCCUAACUGCCACACAUCUUAUUAAUAAGAUGCCUUCCAGUGUUCUCAAAGGCAAAACACCAUAUGAGGUCUUGUUUCAGAAGAAGCCUAAGUAUGAUUAUUUAAGGAAUUUUGGAUGUCUUUGUUAUGCUUCAACAUUAGCACAGGAAGAGGAAAGUUUGAUGAGAGAGCAACAGCCUGUGUUUUGCUUGGAUACCCCUUCAUCAAAAAGGAUAUAA